UGGGUUGUUUUGGAUUCGGUGGUAGCACGUGGAGGCAAGAGGAGCCCUCAUUUCAAGCAACUUCGGAUAUUUUCGUUACUUUACCGACAACGCAGCCACCUCCAAGUUGAGAGAUGUCAGCGGCAGGUCAGACGAGCGGGAGCCGCGAUAUACCGCCCGUGAGGCGGGUCGCCGUCCUGGAGGCUGUCCACAUGCCCCACGAAUACUCCACGACCCCCGGAGGGACCGUGUUCAGCACCACGCCUGGAGGAACUCGAAUCAUCUAUGACAGGAAGUUCUUACUUCAGUGUCGCACCUCUCCUCUGGCUCGCACGCCUCCGAAGCUCCCUGACAUCCCGGGAGUCACCAGGCCACUCAAACGGGAAUCGUCCACAGAGUCCAACCAGCCGGGAGCGAGUGAGGGCGGUCACCCUAAGCGCAGCCAACACACAGAGGGUGCAGGAGAAGAUGCCCAGUUUGACAUGGACAUUUGAAGAGGAUUAGAACAAUUCCCAGCAUCUUCACGGUAGUUGUGUUGUUAGGGUAGAUAUUUAAAGUUCAAUUAAAAUAAUUAUGCUGUGGAUUAUAAAAUUGGGUUCCUUAGGGGGAAAUUGUAUUUUACUGGAAUUAUUCAUGUGACUCAAAUAGUUGCAUUCGUUGAUUGGAUACGUUGUGGCAUUUUGGUUGUUGGUAAAAUCGGUUUUAUCUUAAUGUAAUAUUUUUUUGUAAUUCAACAGGAUUUAUAAUUUUCAGGGGGAAUAUUACUUUAUGGUGUGUUGUGGGUUGUGAUUGUUAUGGGUCAUGUUCAUAUAAUUUGAUUAAUAAUGGGAAAUACACUUGUAAAAAGAAAAUAUAAUUUUUAUUUUUUAUUUUUUUUAUUUUUUAUUAUUAUUUUUUUUAAUGCUGCCUUGGUUUUUGUGUGUAAAUAAAUGUAUUUCAUGCCAAAACGGCCACGCUUGAAGUCAUUGAUGAUUCAAUAAUUUACGCCAUAAGAGUAACGUAGUAUAGACAAUCAAGAAAUAAAUACACUUGUUUCAUGGCAGUCCUAUGCAAAUGUAAUCUGAACAACAAGAUUUCUUAAACUUGCAUGGGAAAAUAAACAAUGACAACGAUUUAAAUUGUGUUUAAAAUGUGUUUCCCUUCAAACGCUGCAUGUUGAAGUUCAUAGAAGGAACUCUUAAAUUUAGACACUAAGAUGCAUUUUUGUGACUUAUCUUGGAAAAGGCACAUUAAGCAAUAGGGGGGAAAUCCUGUAUAUACAAAAAUAUAAUUAGCAUCUUCAGAAAUUGUGAAAUUUCAUUUGGGACACAUAACGGUUUGGAAUUAACAGUGAAAAAUAUUACUUGUGGUGGCACGGUGACCGACUGGUUAGAGCGUCAGCCUCACAGUUCUGAGGACCCGGGUUCAAUCCCCGGCCCCGACUGUGUGGAGUUUGCAUGUUCUCCCCGUGCCUGCGUGGGUUUUCUCCGGGCACUUCGGUUUCCUCCCACAUCCCAAAAACAUGCUUAAAUUGGAGACUCCAAAUUGCCCAUAGGUGUGACUGUGAGUGCGAAUGGUUGUUUGUUUGUAUGUGCCCGCCGAUUGGCUGACAACCAGUUCAGGCUGUACCCCGCCUCCUGCCCGAUGACAGCUGGGAUAGUGGCCCGAGUGAGGAGAAGCGGCUCAGAAAAUGGAUGGAUGGAUGGAAUAUUACUUGUGAAAAAUUUGUUUCUUAGAAACAAUUGCCUUUUCAGUGCCUAGAAUUCAAAUACUCAUAUCAGUAAAAUAGAUUUUUCAAAAUGAAAUUCUGUGGAAUAUGUCUUUUCCGUUAUUAAUCAAAUAAUAUGAAAAUGACCCAUAUACAUAUUAUACUGUUACUUCACUACCUUUGCUUUUUUUUAAAUGUUUUAUUAUUAUUUAUUUUUUUUUGCAUGAUAAAAUUAAUAGUGUAUUUUUUUUGUUUAUUAUACAGCAGUAUACACUGGAUGAAGUUUAUCCAGUUGCAAGAAAAAGUACUUGAACCCUUUGGAAUUACUUGGAUU